UGUUCUGCACCCAUUCUCUCUCUUUUCGUUUGUUAUUAUGUGGCUUAUUUAUGUGGGUUCAAACUUCGAAUUAAUUAUUGAAAACACAGGAGAAGAAAGAGGGUAAAGCCUCCCUGUUGUGGUUCGAAACCUCGGACUCUGUUUGUCGCCAACACCAGUUUGAGCCCGAUGGUCGACUCUCCGAAUUUGGUCAACGUCAACUCACUUCAGAAGCUGAAAUUUAUAAUUUGAUGUUAACACAACUGGAAAUGGUGUUGAUUUCUUCCUGUUAUGUCAGCUGUUUGACUCUUAAAACUCAAAUUUGUGAUAUGAUAUCGUGUGUUUGUGUGGUUUCUUUGUAGGUUGUGAUUGUUGGUGAUUCCAGGCCCUUCUACCAAAGGGUGGUUGGAGCUUUCAUGAAUAAAUUUUAUCCCUCGGGAUAUCCAUACAGUGUGAAUGAAGGCUACCUUAGAUACACACAGUUUCGAGCCCUGCAACAUGUUACCAGGGCAGCGCUAUCGGUGCUAUCAACUCAGUCCUUACUAUUUGCUGCAGGGUUGCGGCCCACUCCUGCACAAGCGACAGCUGUUAGUUGGAUUUUGAAGGAUGGAAUGCAACAUGUGGGGAAGGUGAUCUGUAGCAAUUGGGGUGCUAGAAUGGAUUCUGAGCCUAAACGUUGGAGACUGCUAGGUUUGCAUGUGGGCUGCUUUAUACUUUCUGCAGCUGAUGUUCUCUAUGAUAUAGGCAUUGGCUUAGAAGUUCUUUCUCCAUUAUGCCCACAUCUUUUUCUUGAAGUGGCAGGCUUGGGAAAUUUUGCAAAGGGGAUAGCAGUUGUUGCAGCAAGAGCAACAAGGUUGCCCAUAUAUUCUUCAUUUGCUAGAGAAGGAAAUCUCAGCGACCUAUUUGCUAAAGGGGAGGCUUUCUCAACUCUCUUUAGUGUUAUAGGAAUUGGAGUUGGAAUUCAAUUAGCAUCUACUAUCUGCGCAUCAAUGCAGGGAAAGUUGGUUGCGGGUCCUCUCCUUUCAAUUAUACAUUUAUACAGCGUGUCUGAAGAAAUGAGAGCAACUCCUAUCAAUACCUUGAAUCCACGAAGAACUGCAAUGGUGGUGGAUGAUUUUCUCAAGGCAGGAGUUGUAUCAAGCCCUUCUGAUCUAAGAUAUAGGGAAAAUCUGCUGUUUAAUCUGCAACUCAAAGAAGAUACGGGAAAUGUAAAAGUGGGGAAGGCUGUGCACAAGGCCAUUAGGCCUUCCAGGCUUCUUGAAUUGAAACAAGUGUUCCAUGAGGAGAAGUUUCUUUUAAACUUUGGGAAUAAAUGCGUUGACAUGGUAUUGGAGCAAGAUGCUAGUGGUGAAGAUGCAUUGAGAGGGUGGCUAGUUGCUGCAUAUGCUGCACAAGUUGUGAGUUCCUCUCGUCAUGAGCUCAGUGCUAGUAUCAUGCACGAGGCUUAUCAUAAAAUGAAUGGUGUGUUUCCUAUAUUCUUGAAAGAAUUACAGAACAAAGGGUGGCACACUGAUCGGUUUUUGGAUGGAACUGGGAGCCGUUUUGCAUUAUAAUGCUCCUAAUUAAAAAUUCCAAGUUGCACAACUUCGUUUGCCUCGUGAGUUUAUAUCUAGCCACAAAUUCAUAUUAUAAUUAUACCCAAUGUUUUAUUUGGUCUAUUUGAUAACUUCAAACUUAGUAACGCCUUAUUUUCUUGCUCAUUCUUUUUCAAACGGGAGAAAGCAAAAGUUGUUCAAAUGAGUAUUAUUUGCUAGCCAGUGAUGAAGAACGAUAGAACUUGAGAUUGUUAGCUAGAAAGCUGUUUUUAUUUCUCUUUCGUACCUUUUCACCCAUCUUAUUAUUAGUUCAAACAUUAAUUUAUGAAAUACUUUUAAUUUAAUAAAAUAUCUUAACAGCUAUUUAGUAGUUAGUGGAAAGUUAUUAAUUUUUAGGACUGUUAUGCUGUUGGAUAAAUGUAAUACAACAAAAUGUGAUUGACGAGUUA